AGUUGUGUAUAUACAUUCAAAUCAAACAGACUAAAGAGAAACCGUUUGUGGAAAUUAUUUAUUAAAAAAAGUAAACAAUUCAAUAUACCUAAAGUAAAAACCAAACCAAAUUCCAAAGUAGUAGUUGAGAUUUGCUACACAAAAUCUAUGGUAGAUGUUAAAUGGCAGGAUGGUACUAAAGAAACUGGAGUUUCUUCCACUGAUCUCUACCCAGUAAAAACUCUUGAUUAUCUUGAGUUUUUUCCUGGCAAUUUUGUAACUAAAAAAAGUCCUGCAUCUGACGUUUAUGGUGUUGUAGAAUCUGUGGACCGUGCAGAACGCACUGCUCAUAUACAAUGGUUUAAAGUUUAUCCUGAAAAUCCAUCAUUGCCAAAUCCUAUUGAAAAGACUUAUUUUAGUGUAUAUGACUUACAUGAUCAUCCGGAUUUCCAUUUUAAAUGUGGUUGUCUCGUUUUACAUAGUAAUCCUGAUACGAACCCAGAUUCAAAUACCUUAACUGCUGGAAAAGUAUUAAGUGCAGGGUCUGAUGGCAGGUAAAAGCUGUGACCAAGUAUACAAUGAGUGGAAAUACGCAAGUCUAUUAGUCCAAUUACUACAGCAAUCUGCUAUGAGUAUGAAAUUAUUUCUAGAGGCUGUUCAACAA